AGUCGUGCGUGAAGAGCAGAAACACACAGCAGCACCACUUUCUGCGAUCCAUACCCUUUUCCUCAUCCACAUACUCUGUCCAACUUUAUCGCUGUGCAAAUAGGCAAGCGCGUAGCGAUGCCCGGAGAGGACGAAUUGAGGGAGCUUCUCCCCAAGAUGCGUUUCAAUAAGGCGUUUAAGAAGCAGCAGGCGUACAAGUACAAGAAGCGCGUGGCGGCUCGAGAGAAAGAGAUGGAGCGGAUUAGUGGCAAGAAGCGACCUGUGUGCAAGAAGGGAGAGAAGGGCGAGAAGCUGUCGUCCGCGAAGGCAGCCAAGAAGAGCGGCACGUCGUCGUGCAAGAAAGUGAAGGCGGCGAAGAAGACCCGCACUCCAAAGCUAAAAAUCGCCAGCGCAGAGACGGGAAAGGAGACAAUGAAGAAGAAGAAGGCGCGGGAGCUUGUAGCAGGAAACAAGCAAAAGAAUCGGGCCACCGUGAUGGUCCACAAAAAGAAAUCGACCCUGAAGGGGAAGAUGGAUGCGGGCAAAAACAGCAGCAGCAGCGGUGUGGUGGAGUUGAGUUCGUCUGAUAGCCUCCUUCAGGGGAAAAAGACAACGAUGGAGUCGACGCUCGCAUCGCUACCACCACCCCUGACGCCUGCAGAACGCGAUCGGGCCCUGCUCGCGAAGGCGAUUCGCGGAGAUGACCUUCUAGGCGGUGACGGCACUGCUUCUGUAGGGGAUGGCGCCACUUUCAUCCGCCAGGACCCUUCUCUCUACCCUGACCUCGAAUUCCUCGACGAGUACGCGGAGAAGAAGCACGCGGAGGUGGUCUCUGCGGAUCAGCUGCUGGAAAACGCCCACCACUUCUUCAAAGACCUCGGCAAGCGAGAGCAGGCGCUGAAUCGCGUGGCGAAGGAGCACAUCAACCACCUGCGCGCGGUGAACCGCCGUGGCGGCGACAAGGACGGCUUCCGCUACGUGGUGCCCAAGAAUGUGAAGCACGUCGUGCGGGAGCUGCUGUCGGCGCAGAAGUCCCGCGAAGGCGUCGAGGACCCGGAGACGUUGAUUGACCCGCAAUCGCUUGUGUCGACCUUUGGCGGCGACGGCGUUGCGGAGACGUCUGACAAGCCGGUCCGUCGUAGCCGCCGGAAGCGCAACCGCACCUACUCCGACUUCUAUCAGUUCCAGGUGAGCAAGAAGUGGACGCGCAACGCCGAGAACUUCUUGAAGCGUAGUCGACCCAACAAGAUGCUCUUUGAGGCGAAGAAGCAGCAGCGCUCCAUCAAGAACUUCUAA